GCGUUUGAAAGGUGAAGAGCUUAAAGAAGAUGAGCGCUCAACGCAUGGAGUAGAAGUUUGGGCAGGUCAAAUGAGAGAAGAUCUGGUCACUGGGGAACAAGGCUGGAAGAAACUUGAUGAUGGCGGCAUGUUUGAACGCAGCGCCAAGAGGGGACUACAAGAACAGCUGGCCAAGAGACAUAUGAAGGAG